AGAAUUAAGUCAAAAGAGACCAAGAAGUCAGGAAGUCACUAAGGGAAGUUUGGUGGUUUCUUGCGUCACAGAUGCUAGCUAGGGCUGCUUCUUGUGCCGGUGGAGUGAAAAGGCCACAAGCAUCCAGCUCCAGCACAACAAAUAAUCUUACAAUUAAAUCAGAUUUAUGUAAAAUAUGAGAUUUAUACUGUAGUGAUACAGAAUGUAGCAGAAGCUUAUCGUUGUUAUAAAAACAGGAAAAGGUGGUUAGAGGUCAGGUACAAAAACAACACUGCAUUUUCAAACACACAAUAAUCACCAUGAGUGGAUUAGGUGUCACGUAUCACUAAGAGCACAAUAGCAAACACACAAACACACACACGUCUGGAUGUAAGACUGGUGGUUCAUUAAGCGGUGCAUAAUGAAGAGAGGACGAAGAAAAGGUGGGAGUAAAGAGAAGGUGUUUGGAUGUGACCUGGUGGAGCAUUUAGCUGCAACUAGUCAAGAAAUUCCUCUGGUACUCCGUAGCUGCUGUAUGUUCAUUGAAGAACAUGGGAUCGUUGAUGGGAUCUACAGAUUGUCUGGAGUGUCAUCCAACACACAGAAACUUAGGUCAGAGUUUGACAGCGAGGGGUCUCCAGACCUGUAUAAAGAUUUGUAUCUGCAGGACAUUCACUGUGUCAGUUCCCUGUGUAAGGCGUACUUCAGAGAGCUGCCCAACCCACUGCUCACAUAUCAACUCUAUGACCACUUUGCUGAAGCUGUGGCUGUUCAGUUAGAGGAUGAGAGAAUGGUGAAGAUAAAGGAAGUGCUGAAAGAGCUGCCACAGCCUCAUUACCGGACUCUGGAAUAUUUGAUGAAACACUUAGUCCGGAUGGCUACGUAUUCUAAUCAGACCAACAUGCAUGCCAGAAAUCUUGCCAUUGUGUGGGCUCCCAACCUCCUCAGAUCAAAGGACAUCGAGGCAUCAGGUUUUAACGGCACUGCGGCUUUCAUGGAGGUGCGAGUGCAGUCCAUUGUGGUAGAAUUCAUUUUGACUCAUGUGUCUCAGCUGUUUCCUGAAUUGGAUCCUGAACCAGGACUAACUGCAGAGCGAAGAAAGUCUCUCCCAUCACCAUGCUUACUGCCCAGCCAAGAAGACCAUUUCUUCAAGGCCUUGCCUUUCCAAUAUCCAGGCAACAUGAGUCCUGGAGAUAGUCCUAUAGCAAUGAGACCUUACCAUGCCAUCAUCGAUGGCACAGAAAAGAGGAAGGGAUCACUGAAAGGCAGAAAAUGGAAGUCUAUCUUCAACUUAGGCGGAAGACUCCAAGAUCACCGCAAAAAGAAGUACGCACCCAAGGAAAAAGAGAAGACCACUCUAAGGCCUGCUAAAAGUAUGGACUCUUUGAGCUCAGGACCUUACAUGCAGGAAGAUUCCCAGAAUGCUUCUCCACGCAUAUCUCCUUUAGCCAUACCCUCUGGAAAUGCAGAAGGUGGGUCUACUGGGGGUGGUGGUGUGGCUAGUGGAUAUGCCGUGACGUACAGGCGCACAGGUGGGGCUAGCGUUAGUAUGGUGAGUGGAGGAGGUGGGGCGCAUGGCACUUACAGGAGCCUGGAUCCAGGGACUGCGGCCAAUACAGACAAAACACAGACUCCAUCCCAAGUGAUGCCCAGCAGGGCAGAACGCCGUGCAGGAAUGCACAUUUCUGGGCCUUUUUCGGUGACCGUCCCUCUUCAUAUAACCUCAGGGCUGGCACUGGGGGUACUUCAGGGAGGAAGAGCUGAGGAGGAAGAGCUACGGCAGGGGCAGAAUGAGGAGGAACAGCUAAAGAAAGACAAAAAGGACAAUGCUGAAGAGAAGGAAACAGAACCGGAAGAAGAGAAAGUUCAAAGUUCAGUUAAGGAGACAGAAAGCCUGAAUGACAACAAGGAGAAGAUGUUGGAUAAUGUGGGUGAAGAGGAUAUGGAGAAAGUAGAUAAAAGCGAAGACAUACAGCCUGAGGAGGCCAUUCCUGAGGAGCAAGAAGUGUCUGAAGAUAAAGGUGAAGAGGAAGAAUAUUCGAGUGAGAAAGAAGUAUCAAAUGAGUGGCAAGAUUCCACAGAGAGAACUUCAGACAUGGAUGGUGAAGGCUACAUGGUCAUGAAAGGUGUAAAGAUGCGGUAUCCUGAAAGAGAUGGAGGUCAAAAUGAGAGCCUCAACCUCCCACUUCAGGAGGAACAGAACCCUGACCACGAGCUCCCUCUGGAUUUUCAGGACACUUUUGGAUUCUUGGAUCUGAUGGAUUUGCCCACUUCAUAUCAGAUAAAUGAGUUCUCAGUGGAGCCUCCUGCCUUCGACAUGGAAGAGGAUGAAGAGGAAAAUAAUGCGAGUCCAUUACAGAGCCAUCCUCAUAUGGAAACCUCCCCUCACACAAGCAGGCCACUGCCAAACAAAUCACACAGCCUUCCUUAUACAUCCUAUCCUUUCCAGACAGUUCUAACCUUCUCUUCUGACGAAGACUGUUACUCAGGGCCUAGCGAUGAUGAUGUUGAUAGCAGCGAUUCAGACAAAGGUGAAUAUGAGGACAUGUUCAUUAAAAGUCUACCUUCUGAAUAUCAUUUUCAGCAGUUAAACUGGGCAAGUCCCCAGAUCAUCAUGUUAGACUCUAACAGCAAUGAAGAUUCUCAGAGCAAGAACCAGUCCGAGUGCUCAGAUCAGACUCCGACUGUAUCUGAGGACAUUGAAUAUUGUCCCCCUGCCAGUCAAUUUGCUGAUAUGGAAAUAACAGACAGUAAUGCUGAUAAUCAGUGCUUAAAUGAGGGGGAUCUCAGCCCAGUUAAUUUAGAGACAGAGCAUUUAAACAUGGGAAGGAAGGAGGACGAAGACAGAAGCGCAGAGAAUGAUGUAAACUAUCAAAGCGACUCAGAAAAGCUUGGAAAUGUAAAUGAAGCCAUUCAAGAGGAAAACGAAAAGACGGAAAGUACUAACAGUGGAGAUGAAACACUCGCCUGCAGUCACACAGACACUCAUUCCACAGACGAUGAAAAUCAAGAAGACACUUAUUUUGGUCCAGAUAUACCUUCUACCACAGUGGAAGCAAGCAACUGUGUAACGGUUAAGACAUCCUGCACAACUGAUCCUGUUACCAAUGAGGAACUUCCAAGCUCUGAGGAUCAAAAUGAAAGUACUGAUAAUUACGCUGGCAUUGUUGAAAGUGAGACUAUACUAGAUGAGCCAAGCCCUGAAUUACAGAGAAGUCAAAAUAAAAGUGAGACUGACAAACUCUCAGGGAAAGCAGAAAUAAUUCUGCAUACCAAUUUGCAAAUAGAGACAGAUGGGAAUGAGCUGGAAGGCAUAGAGCUGAGUGAGGAAAUGGAAGUUGGUGAGAAGGGAGAGGAUGAGAGAGACGCAAGGGAGACAGAAACAGAAGAAAAGACUAUUAUAAAGGAAGAGAGUACGGAAAGUGAGCAUAUUGAGGGAGAGAAAAAUUUCGAGGGACAUACAAAUCUAGUAGAUGUGGAUAAGAUGGAAAAAGAGAGCGAUAUGGUUCCACAAGAGGAGCAGAUAUAUUUAGAGAAUAAACAGGAAGAUGUUGAAAACGUAGCUGUUGAAAAUCAGAAGGAAGGCAGUGAUAGAGGGAAAGAGAAUGAUCAACAAAUGGAGGACGAUGACAUAGAAGAGGAAAUCGAGACAAAGAAAGACUGUCAUUUGGAAGGCGAUGCAGAAGUAAAAAAGGGAAGUGUUCCUGAAGAGCUGAGUGAAGAAGAUGACAGGCUUUCGGAGGAUGGCGAGGAACGACCGCGUGAAAAGGGGAAGGAAAGCAUGAAGGAGGAAAAAAAUGAGGAUCUUUUUUCAUCAGAUAGGGAGAUACCAAUGAGAAUGAAAGUAAGACAUGGAGCAGGUGCGGGGCUCGGGUUGGGCGUGGGCAGGACGGUGAUUAUAUCCAAACACAAAAUGUACCAAGUGAAAGCUGUUCCUGUUGUACCACCUAAACCACAGCAUUCCAAAAUCACUGCUUUCAGACAACAGUUUCAGCAGAGAGACGCUGACAGACAACAGAAACCCAUUCAGUCAACAAAUAUCCGGAUACAACAUACAGACAAAGAGCUUCCGAAGAAAGAGUGUGAAAAUGAAAUAGAGGAUGUAGCACAAAACCAUGACUGCCAAAAUACAGAGCAAGAAACAGGAACAGGGACAGACAGGGAGACAGCAGAGGAAAGCAAGGCAGAUCAGGUAAAAACCCAGCUGAAUGAUACAAAGUCAUGUCGUAGUUUGGAAGUUGAGGUAGAACAGGACAGAGACGAGCAGAAGCAAAGGAGAGGGACAUGGGAUGGAGGGAGUUUGAGAAUGGAUGGCCAGAAAGACUUAGACAGGGAGUCGAAAAGAACCAGCUGCAUUAGUAUGUGCUUUGAUGAAGCUGUUGCCAGGGCAACAGGUAAAAGAUACAGAGAGAAGGAAUCUAUAGAAAAAGAGAAAUUUGUUGAGUUACAAUAGAAAAAAGAGGGUGAAGAUUGAACCA